AUGUCCGCUAGUGUCACCACCUUUCUCCUUCUCCUAGCCAUGGCUACCACCUCUUGCUCUCAGGAACUUGCAGAGGUGGUUCAAAUGGCCAAAACCAUGGUUGUGCAAUCGAGGAACUGGGCUAAGGCUUCCGAGACCCUGCAUGGAUUGGACCGUAGUGCCUUAAAUUAUCAUGGCAUGGGUCUACGUGACUGCGUUAAGCUGUAUGAUGAUAGCGAGUCCAGGCUCUCGCUCUUGCUCUCUCGUCAAAGCUAUACGACCCUUGAUGAUGCUCGAACAUGGCUGAGUGGCGUGCCGGCGAACCACAGGACUUGUCUGGAGGGGUUGGGCGAGAGGGGUGUUGUUAUUCAAGAUCAUGCAGAUGCUCACCAAAACCUGACAACUUUGCUUAGUGAAGCUUUGGCAUUGUAUGGGAAGCAUGUUGUCAUAAAGUAAGAGCUACUGCCUAGACCAAAAUUCAACCAAGGCGGGCGACUUUUAGCAUCUUGAAAUCCAGCAACUUCAAGGGCUGAUUUUGUCGUCGCAACGGAUGGCUCCGGUACUCACAAAACAAUCAAUGAGGCAGUGGCUGCAGUUGCUAGGAUGGGUAAUAGGCGCCCCCAAAGAGUAAUAAUCUAUGUGAAAUCAGGGGUGUACAGUGAGAACGUAGACAUAGACAGGAAUGUGAAGAAUGUAAGGUUGGUUGGUGAUGGCAUGGAUAAAACAAUUGUAACAGGCAGCCGAAAUGUCCCCGAUGGUGCUACCAUUUUAGGCUCUGCAACAUUUGGCGUAUCAGGUGAUGGGUUUUGGGCCAGGGACAUGACUUUUGAGAACACAGCCGCUCCGAAUAAACUUCAAGCAGUGGCAUUAAGGGUAAGCUCAGACCACUCUGUGUUCUAUCGCUGCAGCUUCAAGGGUUACCAGAACACCCUCUUUGUUCAGUCCCUAAGGCAGUUUUAUCGCGAUUGCCACAUUUAUCGCACAAUUGAUUUCAUAUUUAGUGAUGCCCCGGUAGUCUUAAAAAACUGUGAUAUAUUCGUAAAGAGACCGAUGAAUCAACAAGCUAACAUGAUCACUGCGCAAGGGAGAGAAGAUUCUAAUGAAAACACAGGGAUUUCAAUUCAAGGAUCGCGCGUAAGGCCAGCAGCUGAUUUCGAUUCUGUCAAGCAUUUGUUCAAGAGUUAUUUAGGUAGGCCAUGGAAAAGAUAUUCCAGGACAGUGUUUUUGAAGACAGACCUUGAUGGUUUAAUCGAUCCAAAGGAAUGGACGGAAUGGAGUGGCAGUUUUGCUCUUUCAACACUAUACUAUGCUGAGUACAUGAAUACAGGUAGCGGUGCUUCGAUUGCACACAGAGUGAACUGGCCUGGCUUUCAUGUGCUCGACAGUGCCCAAGAGGCUGUCCCUUUUACAGUGAGCAGGCUCAUACAAGGAGAGGCCUGGAUUCCAGAGACUGGUGUGCCAUUCUGGCCUCAAAUCUAA